UUUAGAAAGGUUAUAGGUAAGAGGCGCACGUGAUCGAUGUCGCUAAUGAGUAGAGCUUUGGGUCGAGGACGAGCUAUAUAUAAUAUUUGUUAUUGAAGAGGAAACCGUCAUUUAUUGUAGUCAGAGUUGGCAAUAAAUCUUGGCAUUGUUUAUUUACAACUAAGUCCACAUAUGAUAUAUCUAACACUGUGUAACGAUGGCCAACCAUAAGGUCAUUCCAGAGGAUUUUAACCCAAACAUGGAUCAGUUCGCGGAGUAUGUGUCCUACAAAACUUGGCUGCACAACAACAAUUUCACGUAUUUACUUCAACCAUCGUACAAUUUUUCUGGAGCAGACGACAUCUUAAGGGAAUUUGAGGCCAGUUUUUACACGUUUAGUAAUUAUACGACUGUUAUUCUGUUGACGUUGUACAUUCCUACGUUUAUUGUUGCCCUUGUGGGAAAUAUAUUGAUCAUCUUGACAGUGUUCGCAGAUACACCCGUUAGGAAAACCAAAAAUUUUUACCUGAUAAAUCUGGCUGUAUCAGAUCUGUGCAUUACACUAUUUUGUAUGCCUAUUACGGUUGGAACAAUUGUGUAUAGAAUGUGGGUCUAUGGAGAGUUCCUGUGCAAGUUUACAGCUUUUCUACCAGGUGUAGCUGUAGCCUCCAGUAUUUUUACACUAACUGCCAUGAGCAUCGACCGUUACAUCUCCAUUCAACAUCCGACUAGAAACCACUGGGUGACCUCUCCGGCUCAAGCAGUUGGGAUUAUCUUCGGCACCUGGUUGGUAUCCAGUAUUUUAAUGGGUCCAAUCAUGUACAUCCGCCAAAUUGACACUUUGUCUAUCCCAAAUAUGGCACCAAUGAAAUUCUGUAUCGAAAACUGGCCACAAGAUUACGACCGACAGGCUUUCAGUAUUUUUCUCCUUUUUGUGAUCUACGUCAUACCAAGUUUUACGUUAGCCGUCUGCUACGGUCAUGUGGGGCGUGCUCUUUGUACCAAGGAGUUGAUUCGUGACACUUCCGACAGUUCCACAGAGAGACUUUUUUCCCGAAAGAAGGCUGCAAAAAUGCUCAUUCUUCUUGUAAUUAUUUUUAUGAUUUGUUGGUUGCCAUAUAACAUUUUAUCAUUGUCUAUUGACCUUACGCAAAGAAGUGGUUCUCUCUCCAUGCUGCCCUUCUCGCUGUGGCUAGGCCACGCCCAUAGUGCUAUUAAUCCUGUCAUGUACUGGUCCCUGAAUCGCAGGUUCCGUGAUCGAGUAAGGGGCCUAAUGAAAUAUAUCAGAAACAGUAAUGCGUUUAUGUCCAAUCCUGGGCCAGAAUUUGUGUAAACAGUUGUAAAAUUCCUCUUAAUUGGUCAACUAAUGUAACAUAAUUAAAGCAGGAAUCAAUUUAAUGAGUUCCUUUAGAAAAUUUAUUCUAACAGAAUUCUCACAAAAGCUGAUUAUCAAAUUAUUGAGUCUAUACUUGGUCCAUAUAUGUUUUAACUAUGGGUAUGUACAUAUGAUAGUGUAUUGACAAAGUGGGCAUUCAAUUCCUUUCUGCCUCUAAAAAUGUAAAAUAUAAUGUUUUGUUAUAUCUUUUAAAGUAUCACUUCGAAGGUUUCUUAUCAGCUGUAUAUACUGAUCUGGUGGUAUCCCCGUUACGGUUCAUGUUUUCUAAAGAUACAAACAAUCGUUAUGUUCAUCCAAUUUUAUUUUUUGUAUGUUUUAUUUUAUGUUUGAGUAUGAUCUAAUAAUAAUGAGAAGAUAAUAUUUUCUUAUCUUAUAUAAAGAAAAAUAAUGCGACUUGAGGGACAUCUUUGCGCUCUGUGGCCUAGUUUAAUAUUUAUAUGAUCCAGGGUAUGAGGCUUAGUAACAUAUUCUGUGGCCCAAAUGAUUUGUUUAGAAACGACAGUUUCCUAUGUUUUAUUGAGAUCGUUAUGAUGAAAAUUAUGUCAAGGUAUUACUACUCGAGAUAGGGUAUGUGUGCCCUUUAAUAUACACCUGAUACAACUUUCAAUUGUUGGAAUUUACAGAUGUGUAGUCCAUUUGCUGUCGUUACUAGAUUGGACGUUUGUUUUAUUUUUGAGAUUUGUGAUAUAACUCUACCAAAUUAUGAUUUGAGAUUAAAUUAUUGUAAAAAGUUGAAUAAUGUAUUUGAAAAUAAUAUAACAUUAGUGUAAAUAUGUAAUAUAUUAUAUUGUCUGUAUUGUAACCGGUGAUAAUUAUAUUAAUUCUAGUACAUAGAUUAGGUUAUCGCACGAUAGUAAUUGAUUAUGUUACUAAAUGCUACUAACCAAGGGAUUGAUUAACAUGGGUUUUGCCGUGUACAGUUUCUGUCCAAGUUGAAAUAAUUAUGCGCUAAUAAUAUUAUAUACUUAAACGAAGUAGUAAUACCAGUCGAUUUAUUUAUAAAGUGAUAAUAUUUUUCGCUACUUUAUUUUAUAAAUUGUAUAAAUCAAUAGUAUACCAUUCGUUUGGCUAUUUUUGUAAUAGUGCCACUUUAAAGGGUUGUUUGGGACAGUGAAAACUAAUUAAGAUUGAAAUACAAUUUCUUUUUAUUUUUUGAUGAAUUUUACAUGGAAUUGUUAUCUAGCCAACUUUAUAUCCACAGUCAUAAUCGAAAUGUUUACAUUGAUGGAAACCAAUUUUCUUUGUCCAACAUGUAGAUCCUAAGCGUUUGAUAGGUAAAACUUUCGACCACCCUGCUGUUAUCUCACGUAGAAUAAUCUCCUGUCCUGCUCUUGAUAUUCUUUAGAUUCGAGAAUUCCAAUCAAAUAUGAACAAUGUCGUGACCUAAGUGAAAGUGAAACGUCCUAAAAUAUGCCUAUAAUUUUUGAUAUUUGUGGGAAUAUAUAGUGUGUUGUUGAAUAAAGCCAAUAGACGGUUUCACAAUAUUUAAAUUGUUUUUUUUUAAUAAUUUGUUAUUGUUUAAAGUUAAUUUCUUUGUUACAUGCAUGAACAUAAUCCAAGACCAAACACUAUUACUUAUUUUGUAAGAUAUAUAAAAAUCAAAAUGUGCAUUUUUAUUUCAAAAUUGUUUUAGUGGAUAUCAGGCUCUCGCAUGGAACAUUUGGCAAAGAGCUGCUGUAGGAUAGGUUUCAUGCAUGCAAUGAUAGAAUAUUGUCUCUCGCUUGUUAACAGUGCCUUACGAAAGCUUAAUAUUGCUCAUGAUGCCAAGUUAUUUAAAUUAUUCUUCUGUAGAGUUAUUGAGCAGUAUAAAUUGUUGCAUUUCCAUAUUUCAUUUCUAUGUAAGCCCCGUGGACUGUUUUAAGAUUGGUUAUGUCUGUUAGUCUGGUAUGUGUUUGAAGAAUUUGUGUUAUACAGUUCAUGAAAUUAUAUAAUUUGCUAUGUUAUAUGUAAUGUGGGAAUAAGUCUCUCUUUUGUUAAAAAUGUUUAUAUAUACUCGUGUGUCCUAUAACUUGUGGAAAUAAAG